AAGAUGUGUCUCCCUGGUAUCUUCAUUGUUACCCUGUUGACCCUCUUUAUUCCCGCUGUCCAUGGUGGGAAAGUCCUGGUGUUUCCUCAAGAGGGCAGCCACUGGGUCAACAUGAAGGUCAUUAUUGAAGCGCUUCAUUCAAGAGGUCACAGUGUGUCAGUAGUAAGGCCAUCAAACAGCUGGUACAUCAAGGAAACCUCCCUUCACUACAGUUCAAUCACAACUGAUAUUCCAGGUGGAGCUGAUGAGGAAUUAUUUCGCUCAUUUGUGUCAAGACUAAUACAGAUAAAGAGAGAGGGAAACUCUGCUUGGACUCGUUUUAGUUUGGACAUGGAGUUGAAGGACGGGUUUUUUGAAAUUCACCGCAAAGUGUGUGAGAUGAUAAUCAAAAUGUUAGAGAAUAAACAGUUGAUGCAGUCUAUUAAAGAAACCAAGUAUGACUUGGUUCUGACAGACCCAUUAAAUGGGGGAGGUGUUGUGCUGGCGCACUAUUUAAAUGUGCCACUUGUUUUCAAUGUUAGAUGGACUAUAGGCGGUGAGGGUCAUUUUGUUAUUGCUCCCUCACCGCUAUCUUAUGUUCCGAUUCCUGCUGCAGAGUUAACAAGAGACAAAAUGACCUUCACAGAGAGAGUAAAGAAUAUGAUUUUCUAUUUGCUUUGGGAAGUUCAGUACAGACUUGUAAUCGAGCCACAUUACCAGGCUGUUUGUGAUGAGUUUUUCCAACCAGGUGUGGACUUCUAUGAGUUAUUACAGGGGGCUGAUCUAUGGCUCAUGAGAGUUGACUUUGUGUUUGAGUUCCCUCGUCCCACCAUGCCUAAUGUUAUCUAUAUGGCAGGGUUCCAAUGUAAACCUGCAAAGCCUCUUCCCCAAGAACUAGAGGAGUUUGUUCAGAGUUCUGGGAAUUAUGGAGUCAUUAUCAUGUCUUUGGGGACUUUUGUGUCUGAGUUUCCACAUGAUAUAGCUGAUGUGAUAGCUGCUGCUUUUGCCCAACUACCUCAGAAGGUAAUCUGGAGACACAAAGGAGACAGGCCAGCUACUCUGGGCAACAAUACCUUACUAGUUGACUGGAUGCCGCAAAAUGAUCUGUUAGGACAUCCAAUGACGAGGCUGUUUGUAGCUCAUGGAGGAACAAAUGCGGUUCAAGAGGCUAUUUACCAUGGAAUUCCUGUUGUGGGUCUACCUCUGUUUUUUGAUCAAUAUGACAACCUCCUUCGUCUGAAAAAAAGAGGAGGAGCGAAGCUUUUAUCCAUGGCAACAGUAGACAAGAACUAUAACUUCCUGGAGGCCUUGCAGGAAGUUCUGGAUGAGCCAUCCUACAGAACGAACAUGCAGAGACUCUCCAGGCUACACAGGGACGUGCCAAUGGAACCCUUGGACACUGCCCUCUUCUGGAUUGAGUUUGUCAUGAGACACAAAGGUGCUGCUCACCUGCAUACAGAGUCCUACAGAAUGCCUUGGUACUCCUACCACUCUGUAGAUGUUGUCCUGAUAUUGUUGGCUGUUGUAGUAGUGCUUAUUCUUCUUCUUGUUGCAAUAGUCAGAUAUUUAAGCGUUAGAAGUUGCUUGAAAAGAAAGAUUAAAAGUGAAUGAACAGAUCCAAUUCUCCACAUUCUGGUACACAAAAAUAAUAGGAUAAGUAUGAAUCAAAGCUGUAAUAUGUAGCUUUUAGGGUGAACCAACAAAAAUCACAUGGAUAUGUGUGUUAUAGAUCUGUCAUUCUCAUUGAAAGCAAGUCUAAGAUACCGUAGAUAUAUUCUAUGGCGCUAUUUCUAUGAUUCCCGUGUUUAAGUUUAGUUUUUGCGUAUUUUGCUUUAGGUUUUGUACACCAGCUUCAAACAGCUGAAAAUGCAAUAUUAUUCGUUAAGGAAAUAUAUAUUUCACAAUCUUUAGAUGGUACAAUGAUUAUUUACACUAAACGUGUUUGUUUUGUCACAUAAACUGAAAUUAGGCGUACUAUUACAAUUUUAUCAUCCAGGAAAUGACAGAGCGAUUUCUGCAUAGUGCAUCUUUGAAUCAUGAAAAUGUAUAAUGUUGAAUUGAUGCCAACAUAAUAGAAUGUUAAUGUGUAAUUUAGUGUGGAAUAUAUUUAUUUGUCAAGUAUUUCCAGUUGUUUGUGCAUUUUGUGAUUCAAUGCCACACUGAAAACAUUUACUGUAAGUGUUAAAUUCACAGUGUUAAUGUUUUUUUUUUACUCUGUGUAGAGUAGAAAAAUAUAAAUAAAACC